CGAGACUGCUCUUUGCGCGGCAGACGGGCGGGGCGGGUCGCGGCUCCCAGGAUGCAAUUUGUAUCAACACGGCGGCGGCGGCGGUUGCCGCACCUCUGGGGGUCCGGACAAACCGACGGCAUUUCGCCCUGGCUCACGUCCCGGCUGUGUGAGGACGACGGCUGGGAGCCAUGGCCGAGGCGGUUCCUCCUCCGAAUAAGGGAAAACGACGCUCUACACCCAUAAAUUCCUCUUCACUCCUGCCUUCAGCCUCAGAGAAAGAUUCAUACUUACAGACUACAGAGAUUUCUCUCUGGACUGUGGUGGCAGCCAUUCAGGCAGUGGAGAAGAAGGUGGACUCCCAGGCUGCCCGAUUACAAACCUUGGAGGGGCGGACAGGGACUGCUGAGAAGAAACUGGCUGAUUAUGAGAAGACAGCAGUAGAGUUUGGGAACCAGCUAGAGGGCAAAUGGGCUGUGUUGGGGACCUUGGUACAGGAAUAUGGGCUGCUCCAGAGAAGGCUAGAGAACAUGGAGAACCUGCUUAGAAACAGGAACUUCUGGAUUCUGAGGCUUCCUCCAGGCAGCAAGGGUGAAGUCCCCAAGGUCCCUGGGACUUUUGAAAAUGAUGGAGUCUAUUUCUCUGAGCAAGAAUGGGAGAACCUGGAUGAUUGGCAAAAAGAACUUUACAGGAAUGUGAUGAAGAGCAACUUUGAGACCCUUGUCUCUCUGGACUGUGCCAUUUCUAACCCUGAGAUAUUGGCCCACCAGGAAGAAGAAUCUGGUACAGAGGAACUCGGGGAUUUGGCGGGGGUGAGCCCUGGUGGUCCCCACCUAGCAGAUGGAGUUAUGAUCAAACAAGAGAUGAAGUAUCAUCAAGAAAGCCCUGAAGACUUGCCUGGAGAGUUUUCUGGAAGUAUUGAACAGCACACUUUGCUAAUCCCUGAGCAGGCUGCAACCUGGGAUGGCCAGGGCAAUUCCAUUCUUUUGGAGACUGAUCCAGAGAUGGCUAAACUGGAAAACCCCAUUGAGUGUGACCAAGACCGAAAUGAUGCCAAAACAUUAGGCUAUCAUCGGAAGCGGAAAUCUAGUGGGCAAGCCCGAUCAGGUCAGGAGUGCAGACAGGGCAUGAGGUUGAAAAGGAGCCUGGCCCAUCCACGGAGCCCCCCAGCUACUGGUUCAUAUGAAUGCUCUGAGUGUGAUAUUAGUUUUCGAUACAAGCAGCAGCUGGCUGUUCAUAUGAGGACCCACCCUGGUUGGGGGUCCUUUGGGGAUCCAGAGCCUGAGGAGACUCUGAGGCCCAGACCUCAGCUCAAACCACAGGCCAAGAAGGUGAAACCACACCGGUGUGAGGAGUGUCUGAGAAGUUUUAGUUGUAAGGCCAGCCUUGUGACCCACCAGCGGUUCCACCUGCAGGAAGGCUCCAGUGCAGGCCAGCGAGUCCAGGAGAGGUUCUCACCCAACAGCCUAGUUGCACUACCAGGCCACAUCCCCUGGAGGAAGAGCCGUAGCUCACUUAUCUGUGGGUACUGUGGCAAGAGCUUCAGCCAUCCUUCUGACCUUGUGCGGCACCAGCGUAUCCACACAGGUGAACGACCCUACAGCUGUGCACAAUGUGAGAAGAGUUUUGUCCAGAAGCAGCACCUAUUACAGCAUCAGAAGAUCCACCAGAGAGAACGGGGUGGGCUGGCCCUAGAACCUGGAGGGAAUGAUGGGCUGCUCUAAGGACGCCGGCCCCUCAUAACCCUGGGGCAGGGGGGGCCGGCGUAAGCCCCCUGGAAAGUCACUGUGCAGGGGUGAGGCAGCUCUCAAUUAGGUCUUGCCUUAAGGCAGGGUGAGCUCAACCACCCCUUUAUCCCCUCUUUUCUCUGACCAAGCACUAGACUGAGCCCUAACUCUUCCCUGAAAACCAUGCUGAGAUGGGGUAGGUAGCCUGAGAGUCAGGCUUCCUUAUCCUGCCUUCCACCUGCUGCUGAGUCAGCCAUUCUUUGGAAUCCUUUGUGCCUCUGUUUUUCACGAUACUCCAGAGCUGAUGGGUUGGGUGGUCCAAGGUCAGCUACCUGGUGGAGAGUUGUCAUGUUGCCAGGCCCAAGUAGCAUUCUUCACAAGAAUCCCAGAAUGGAAAUGCCCAUAGAUACCCCUUCUGCUCCUCUAGCUGACUUGUGGUCACCCAGGGCCUGUUGGGGUGUUUUGUAACUGCCUUUGCAGGGGAAGCAGGGCCAGUGGUAUUAGCAGUCCUGUGGCAGGAAGUUGGGAAGCACAAUAUUUGCAUUUCUUAAAAAAAAAAGUUAUAUUUGGUGUUAACAUGUAGAAGGAUUAACUUAAAUAAGCCACUUUUCCUUUCUCUGCUGAUAUCUGAUUUGAACUCAGUUGGAAAAUUUUUUCAUUUAAUUUUUAAAACCAAGAUUUCUGACAGUUUUUUUAAAUUUUUAAUUCUAAAAGAAGUGAUUGUUCUAACAAUGGGACUGGGCCCACCUUCUAGGAGGGAAUAAAGGAUAUGAGAUUUCUUUAGUGUUGCCUUCACCAGACAGAUUAGGGAGCAGAGAACAUGUUUCUGGUAUCCCUCUGAUUAGCUCCUUGAAGUCAUAAGUAGAAAUGACUGCCUAUAAAGCAUCAAGGGGAAAGGAUGCAUAAAGUCCUAAGGCUUCUGCAGAGACUAUGAAGGCAAACUUUGAGCCCUUUCACUGGAAUAAAUGUAGAAUUUGGUUUCAGGGCUUCAGUUGUGAACAAGGGUCUGGGCCUAUUUCUUCCAUAUGUAUGUAUGACCUUGGUUGCUUCAUGGGAGUCUUGUGGCCUUGGUUUAUCAGGGUUGUUCAGGUUUUGGAAUUGUCUGUGGGUCUUGUUUCAGAGGAACAAUGAAGAGAAGUAUUUAACUCUUCACCUCUGAAGCCGCUGCCAAAAGCUCAUUACUAUUACUGAUGUCUGGUAGAAAAAGAGGGAGAGUGAUCCUGGGACAGACAGGGAUUCAUCAUUGUGCUCUGCAUAGAAUAAAACUGCUAACUAGCAAAAAUCCCUUUUCUGGUGUUUUCCUCCUGUCAAAAAUAGCUCCUCUAGUGUUGGGGAGCUGAAGUGAGAGCAGCAGACUUUAUUGGGGUGGUAAGAGGAAAAUGACCAAGAAACUUGUACUUCAGGCUCUGGAGCCAGUGACUUCCCUUGCAUUUAAGUGCAGGUCAGCUACAUGUCACAGGUUUGUCCUAUCAUAGAUCUAAGCUUCCUAAUGUUUUUGAGAAUACUCAAGUGUUUUCUCAGUUUUUUGUCCUUUCUCUAAAUUCCCCCUUUAAAGAUACCCUUUUUGAUCCUCA